CAGGGUCAGUGAAUCCCGUUGAAAAUGUAGGCAUUCGUUCCAGCGCAUGAGCUGCUGCGAGAAAUGAGGAUGGGGAUUUGGAGGGGCAAGGUUGCUUUGCUGUCUGGUAUACCACCCACCCACCCACACACACCGAAACACGAACCGACACGGCGAAGGCAACCACUUACGCUAGCCAGCCUGCUCACUGCCCCUGCUGAUCGCGGAGGUGAGGUGAGGAGCUCUCACUCGUUCGACAGUGGGGAGGGGGUUCGGGUAGCCUGGGACUCCCAAACUCAGACCCUUCUGAAUGCGCCAAAUAAGAACCUGGAAUAG